AUGUGUGCCCGCUACAUUACCCCGGAGUACUUCCGCUUCCCAGGAUACUGCGCGCCCUCCGCCGGCCUGAAGUUCACGGAUGUCCCGAACGGGCUGGCGGCACUGAGCAAGGUCCCAGGCGCGGGCUGGACCCAGAUUUUCCUUUUCCUGGGCCUUGUGGAAAAGGGCCUCUACACCUACGAUCCUACUCGCCAGGCAGGCGACUACAAGAACGCGGGCGUCCUGGGCGUGCCGAACGGUAGCACCAUGGCUCCUGGUGACGGCCGGGCGGGGGCGGGGGCUGUCCGGCCACAUCUAGGACAGAGUGUCAAGGCUACCGACGCUUUUCAUGAGUGCAGACCCACUGGGACCUCCAGCCUACCUUCAAAAGUUACCAGUAUGUACAGUUGGUACGAUGCCAAGCGAAGAGCUCCGGUUCGGAACAACGAUGGUGGGUGGUGUGGCACGUGGUGCGUGGCGCAGUUUGGGUGGCAGUGGAUGGUAGGCAGUUGCGGGCGUGCAAGGUGCCAUAUCAGGUAG